CGGUGCACGGAGCCUGAGAGGGUCAGGGGGGAGGAGAUGCAAGGGAGUGGAGCAAGACGACUACCGGAGGAGAAACACGGGCUGACCGACUCAGCGGCACCAUCCGCGGACAGCUAACCCCUCCAAUGCUCCUCCACUCUGGACGUUCCCACCGACUACUCGAAUCGGCUCGUCCGCUGCGGUCGCGGAGAUGAUCACGACCCAGAGAGAACCGUGGGGACAGGCCUGACAGCAGAGAACAGUCCUCUCACAAACCUUUGUGCUUCGCCACGAUCUCUGGCACAGACAUCUGGAACUUUGUCGGGCACUUUUGGACCCUUUCUGGUCACUCACAGCGUGUAGCCCUGCAGUGAGGCUCUGAGAACCCACUCACUCAUUCUAACCUUCGUAUAAAUGAGUGAGCCGGCUGCCAGGAAAAGGGCUGGGACAUGUACCAGAACCCCAACAGAAUGUCCUGGUUCAGUGGUUUCCUAGUCGCCAGAGUGGAUGACCGUAAGACUGCGUGGGGGGAGCGCAAUGGCAAGAAGUCUAAACGGAGGGGAGGUUCAUCUCUCUGCAACCCACGUUACAUGAGCUGUCUGCGGGAUCCAGAUGCUAUGGAGCCUCCCUCCGGCGCCCCCCUCCAUCAGCACCACCGUGGAGGGAUGUCAGGGGCCGUAGGAGGCGGGGGCAACUUUGGCGCCCGUUGCGGAUGGCAGGAGGACCACUACGGCAAAAGGAGUGUGCCCCAAGGGGUGGCGCUGAAAUCUGUGGACUUGGACUUUGAAGACGGAGAGCUGAAGGCCAGGAAAGGAGGAUGUAAUGGCGACACAGGAGACGACGGCACUAACGGCACAGCUGGCGUGGUGACGGCUGCCGACUGUUGGCUCAGGGUGGUGCGGGUAUUCCAAUCGAAAAAGUUCCAGUCCCGCAAACUGGAACGUCUAUACCAGCGAUACUUCUUCAGGCUCAACCAGAGCUCUUUGACCAUGCUUAUGGGGGUCCUCGUGAUUGUGUGCGGCAUCAUGCUGACCUUCCACUGUGUCCACGCACCCCCACACGUGGCCUAUUCAUCCGCCUUGUCGGUGGCUAUGGCGCUUUUCAUGGCACUCAUGGUGGUGUGCAACCGGAACGGCUUCCAUCAGGACUACAUGUGGAUGGUCAGUUACCUGGUCAUUGGUGUCUUGGUGUCAGUCCAAGUGUUUGGGAUGCUCAUGGUGGCACCCAGGAGUGCCUCGGAGGGCAUCUGGUGGUCUGUGUUUUUCAUUUACAUCAUCUACACCCUCUUGCCUGUGAGGAUGAGGGCAGCGGUGCUUAGCGGAGCUGUGCUGUCCAUCAUACACGUGGUCACCACCUGGCAGAUAAACCAGGCGGAUAAAUUUCUGUGGAAACAGGUGAGUGCUAAUAUCCUUAUUUUCCUGUGCACCAACAUUAUUGGAAUCUGCACCCACUACCCUGCUGAGGUUUCUCAGAGACAAGCCUUCCAGGAAACCAGGGGAUAUAUCCAAGCCAGGCUACAUCUACAGAGGGAGAAUCAGCAACAGGAACGUCUGUUGCUCUCGGUGCUGCCAAGGCAUGUUGCCAUGGAGAUGAAGGCUGACAUCAACGCCAAGAAGGAAGACAUGAUGUUUCAUAAGAUCUAUAUCCAGAAACACGACAAUGUCAGUAUUCUCUUUGCCGACAUCGAGGGUUUUACCAGCCUUGCUUCCCAGUGCACUGCUCAAGAACUGGUCAUGACACUCAAUGAACUGUUCGCCCGCUUUGACAAGCUAGCCUCGGAGAACCACUGUCUACGUAUUAAAAUUUUGGGUGAUUGUUACUACUGUGUGUCCGGGCUCCCUGAACCCCGUGCUGACCACGCCCACUGUUGCGUAGAAAUGGGCGUGGACAUGAUCGAAGCAAUCUCGCUCGUACGCGAGGUGACGGGGGUCAAUGUCAACAUGCGUGUCGGCAUCCACAGUGGCCGUGUGCACUGCGGCGUACUGGGUCUCAGGAAGUGGCAGUUUGACGUGUGGUCUAACGAUGUUACGCUGGCCAAUCACAUGGAAGCGGGAGGAAAAGCAGGACGGAUCCACAUCACUAAGGCCACACUGCAAUAUCUAAAUGGAGAUUACGAAGUGGAGCCAGGCUUUGGAGGGGAGAGGAAUGCUUAUCUAAAGGAGAACAGCAUCGAGACCUUCCUGGUGCUCGGCUGCAGUCAAAAGCGGAAGGAAGAAAAGGCGAUGAUGGCUAAGAUGCAGAGAACGAGAGCCAACUCCAACGAGGGACUGAUGCCACGCUGGGUCCCUGACAGAACUUUCUCCAGGACCAAAGACUCCAAAGUAUUCAGACAAAUGGGCAUUGACGAGGCAUCCACUAAAGACAACCGCGGUGUUCAGGAGACCAUGAACCCGGAAGAUGAGGUGGAUGAAUUCCUGGGACGGGCUAUUGAUGCUCGCAGUAUCGACCAGCUACGAAAAGACCAUGUUAAAAAAUUCCUGCUCACCUUUCAAACAUCUAGUUUGGAGAAGAAAUAUUCCAAGAAGGUGGAUGAUCGUUUUGGUGGCUACGUUGCUUGCACCCUACUCGUAUUCUGCUUCAUAUCCUUCAUACAGAUUGUCAUUUUUCCACACACUCCGGUCAUGCUGGGAAUCUACAUCAGUAUUUUCAUCAUUCUGGCCAACAUACUUUUCAUCUGUGCCAUAUACUCUUGCAUCAAGCUCUUUCCUGCUGCAAUGCAGACAGUUUCUAAAAAGAUUGUCCAGUCUCGCACCAACAGUACUCUGGUUGGAGUGUUUACCAUUAUCCUCGUCUUCAUCUCUGCCUUUGUCAAUAUGUUUUCAUGUGACACCAAGAGCCUAGCGGAGUGUGUUGCCGAGAAGUCCAACACCUCCGCAGCCAUGGUGACGCCAUGUGUGAUCCGCCGAUUGAAUGUGUCCGUCGAAGGGGGUCUCGAGAUCUGUCCCAGUCAAGGCCCUUCUUGUCCCUUUCCUGAGUACUUCAGCUACAGCGUGCUGCUGACGCUGCUGGCCUGCUCAGUGUUCCUGCAGAUCAGCAGCAUUGGGAAGUUGGCCCUGAUGCUGCUCAUCCAGCUCAUCUUCCUGCUGCUUGUCGAGUGGCCACAAGUAGCACUGUUCGACAACGCUGACCUUUUUGUCACCUCCAAUGCCAUUGAUCAAAAUGAAACAAGUACUCAGUGGUCCAGUUUCAAUGAAACUACAAGCCAGUGCCCAUUUGUUGUGACCAAAGUGUCCCUAAGGGUCAUGACGCCUGUGAUCCUCACAGUUUUUGUGCUGGCACUCUACCUGCACGCACAGCAGGUGGAAUCGACUGCACGCCUCGACUUCCUGUGGAAAUUACAGGCGACUGAAGAAAAGGAGGAGAUGGAGGAGCUGCAAGCCUACAAUCGCCGCCUUCUCCACAAUAUUUUGCCUAAAGACGUGGCUGCUCACUUCUUGGCUCGUGAGCGGCGCAAUGAUGAGCUCUACUACCAGUCCUGUGAGUGCGUGGCGGUCAUGUUUGCCUCCAUAAGCAAUUUCUCCGAGUUCUACGUAGAACUGGAGGCCAACAACGAGGGGGUGGAAUGUCUGCGUCUGCUCAAUGAGAUUAUCGCUGACUUUGAUGAGAUUAUCAGCGAGGAGAAAUACAGGCAGCUGGAGAAGAUCAAGACCAUCGGCUCCACGUACAUGGCUGCCUCCGGCCUCAAUGACUCUACAUAUGACAAAGAGGGCCGAUCCCACAUUACAGCAUUGGCUGACUAUGCCAUGAGACUGAGAGAACAGAUGAAAUAUAUCAACGAGCAUUCCUUCAACAACUUCCAGAUGAAGAUAGGUCUGAACAUUGGACCGGUGGUAGCAGGGGUCAUUGGCGCGCGGAAACCUCAAUAUGAUAUUUGGGGGAACACUGUCAAUGUGGCGAGUCGCAUGGACAGCACAGGGGUACCAGACUGCAUACAGGUAACAACAGACCUCCACCAAGUGCUGGCAAGCAAAGGGUACGUGCUGGAGUGUCGCGGGGUUGUUAAAGUCAAAGGUAAAGGGGAAAUGACAACCUACUUCCUCAACGACGGGCCUCCCAACAGUUAGCAGCCACAGCAACAGCAGGUGGCUUCUACAGGGACAAAGCACCACUAAGUGAAGACUCACAUGGUGAGCAAAUGGCUAAAGCAUCCAGAAACGCCAUCACUUGAAUCCCAAGCAAGGAUUUUCAAUGAAGGAGAGAAAAAUGUCUCAACUGACGGCCAUUUUGGCCCACUCACAAGUCGGAGGACAGCUGUUUUUCCUCAUAUCUGGCCUCUCUCAGGCUUCUUGAAAGAUGCAAAGUCUGUUUAUUUAAAUCAACGCCUUUUAGCCUGUGUCAAAAGAAGAUUUAACGCUGUACAUAAGGCUACUUCCUUUUACGUUUUCAUUUUGUUUUGACAUGAAUUAAAAAGAGGUACUAGUAUUUUAGUUCCAGAUUAUUUAUUUCAAGCUCAAAAUGUAUUGUGCAAAAGGUCCUUUAUGAAAAAGUGUGAAUACAUAUAGUGCGUGCACAAAUAUCCUGUUUACUACACGAUAAUAAGUGUGUACGUACAUGCAUAUUUGUGUAUGAAUAUGUAUAAUAAGAGGAGGACUAUAUUGACCAAAGACAAAAGUAUUUACUAAAAGCAAGGCAAGCCGUUUUCGCGAAAGUCUUUUUUUGUAAGGCCUGAACCUUCUUUCUUCUUGUCCAGCUGCUGGCAGUAAAGACUGCUUCUUUGUUUUCAUAAAAUAUGUUUAAAAAACAAACAAAAAAAAGUAUUUAUUUUUGUCUGUCAUUCCGGCAGCAAAGCGCAUUAACUCUAGAUUAUUAUAGUGCCCUCAAACUUUAGAUGACCCAGGACGACUAAGGAUGUUUUGAAGAUGGCUAUAUUUGAAAAUUCAAUUAUUAUUAUUUUUUUGUUUUGUUUUUUUUCACUGUGUGUGUUCUCCGAGGAGUACAAGUAGCUUCAGCUGGAUUCAAGCCCUUUUAUUUACGUCACAUUGGUUGCUUUUCUAGAAUAAGAGCCACCAAUAUCCAGCUGGUUUGAGCCGUAACAGUAUGUCAACCGCUCCUUCCCCUUUUGGAGGUGUAAUUGGUACAAAUAGAAACGGAGGAACUUUGUCAGCAAGCCUUUUUGAAAGAAUCUGGGAGUAACCUUUGGAUUGAGGAACAAGACGAAGGAAAGAAAUAUUUAUUGUUAUGACUGAAAACUGUGCUUUGUAAUCCUGGAGGGGCAUAACUAUUUUCACUGUGAGGUUUUUAUUCUACAGCAAAACCGCUUUCUUGCCAAACGUAAACGCUUAGAAGCAUGUCUUAUUGUUGUAUCUCAGUUCAUUUUUGUUAGUUUUAAUGUAGGGUAAUUUGUACCACUUCUGUAUCCAUCAUUUGUAUAUUCUUAAUGUUGUUCUUAUUAUUAUGAUGAUGAUGGUGGUGAUUCUGAUUAAUUCUAAUGCUUCUUUUGAUGAUUCCAUUCCAAUGAAAAAAAGGAUCGGAGACCAGCACGCUUUCUUGUAGUGAAGCUUAAGCUCACGGUUAACAACUAAUCAACCGCAGCCAACGAAUUCUGCUAUUCAGUCCUAAUAUACAAUACAGUAUUUCCACUGGUCAUCAGUGCGAUCAUGUACAGCAAAUAACUCUGCUGCCUUUGCAGCAGAGCCCCGUCGGCGCGCUCACAUGGGCUUGGCAGUGAACACAAUUUUUGGAAGAAUUCACUGUGCUGCUUCUUUUCAAUGUUUUUACGACACUCCUGCAGUAUUGUAACUCUCAGUCAGGCUUUUAGGUGAUGUCUCCUUUCCGCACCUCAGCAGAGAACAGAACAUACGAUACCUAUAUUUGUUGGUAUUAUACCACUAUGUGGUGACUGGACGAGGGGGAAGUAGAAGGGUGCACAUAUUUUUUCAGGAUAAUUUUGUUGAUUCUUGUAUUAUUUUGCCAGUCUUUCAGUAACAUUUGUGCUGAUGGCUGAGUUUGAUUGCCUUAAGUUAACAUGAGACGUAUUAGUAGAAUAAAACUACAAAGGAACUGUGCCUGCUGGCCCUUUCUGGACUGCUGAUGGAUAGAAAAGAAUAAGGGCUUGUUGAGAAUAUUCUCCAUGCAAAGGCUCAUCAGUCACCUGUUUUGCCCCGACUCCAAACAGUUUGUACCAAAGCCAGCUCACGCAGCCUUGUGCUUUCUGUCCCUGCUGUUUGACGACGUCUGCGCUCAGGUGUGGCAGAAGCACCAGAAGACAACGAUGUAAUAGAAAACUCCAACGGGCAAGUGAACUGUGAUUCAUAGAAAGGGUUUAGCGAACGGACAUACGUUUAUAAAAAUGUGCAUUGUAUGUAUUCUAUUUCUGUUGGCUGUCCAUGGACUAAUUCUGUUAUUUGUUAGCUCUUGGGAUGUUUUGGUGAAGCAGGAGAGGAAGAUUGUCUCCACACAACUGAAACCGUAUUUUGCUCAGGCCUGAUAAAUGACCUUCCGUACUUGUUUUAUUUGUAUUUUUCCUGAGUUGGGGGAGCUGAGAGAGGCGUGUUUUGCUAUAGCCAAAUGAAAAGAGUUGAGGAUUAUGACAGAAAAAUAAAGUUUCCCCAUGAUGAUUUUUUUUUUUUUUUUUUAAAGAUCAAUGUCUCAUUUGUAUGAUACUACAGUACAAGUUUACAACUGCAACACGUGUCAAUUACAACACAUCAGUAAAUCUGGAAACGUUUGACCUAAGUACUUGAAGACCGGAACACAUACAGUACAGGCCAAAAGUUUGGACACACCUCAUUCAUUGCAACACAAAUGAAGGUUCCAAGCCCAUUGAUAAAGCAAUAAAUUCCACUAAUCAACCCUGAAAAGCCAUACCUGUGAAGUCAAAAACCAUUUUAGGUGACUCCCUCUUGAAGCUCAUCAAGAAAAUGGCAAGUAGGGCUGCAACUAAUGAUUAUUUUCCUAAUGCAUUAAUCGGACGAUUAGUUAAACGAUUAAUCAGAUACGCUGCUGGCAUAGGUGGAGUUUGACUUUUGGGGCAAGGGCGGCACAACAUGUUGAUGACCCCAAAACGCAGGGUCAGCAUUAAAAUUAACAAUAUUUAUAAUAAGUUGAGCGUUUUUGUUGAGGGGAGUUCUAAAUCAGGCUGCUUAGGACAGCUAUACUUUUCGCCAACAUCAUCAUCCAUUGAAUAUGGUACGCCUGCCGGUGUAGUGCCAAUGUAGUUACCCCAGUCAAAAAUUGUAUUCCCUGGGAGGAGCCUUAUGGAGGUAGAUUUGUGUCUUCAUUA